UUUGCAGUUUUGCUGUCGCGGUCUCUUCCCGGAGCCUGAGCCCGAAGGGGCACGCGCGUGUGUGCGUGUGUUGUGCGAGGGACAGCGAGACUCGGGCAGGGCGGUCCCCGGCUGCCUCUUAACCUUAGCCCAGGCGGCGGCAGUCCGCACCCUUGUUUGCUCGCCGCCCACUCGGUGUGCGGAGUGCGUCGUCUUUUUGAUUUUGGAACUUGUGAGCGGUUUUUUUUUUUUUUUUCUUUUUCCUUCCUUUUGGCUUGGUGCCUCCAGGGCUGGUCUCCCCGGCCCUUGCCUAACCGCUUCUGACCCCGGUCACCAGCCCCGCCCCAGGUUGCUCCCCCUCCCCCGGCUCUGCCCCUUGGCCCCGGAGGGUGGGAAGCUUUGCCCAGCGUAGCCGCACCUGCCUCAGUAUGCUUGGGGUCAACGACCCUCCGCUUUUUAUAAAAGACAUUAAGGCCGGACUGAAAAACUUAAAUGUCGUCUUUAUUGUCCUGGAGAUAGGACGCGUGACCAAAACCAAAGACGGCCAUGAAGUGAGAUCCUGCAAAGUAGCUGAUAGAACGGGCAGCAUCACUAUUUCUGUGUGGGAUGAGAUCGGAGGGCUCAUACAGACUGGGGAUAUUAUUCGGUUGACCAGAGGGUAUGCAUCAAUGUGGAAAGGAUGUCUGACACUAUAUACUGGAAGAGGCGGUGAACUUCAAAAAAUUGGAGAAUUUUGUAUGGUGUAUUCAGAAGUGCCGAAUUUCAGUGAGCCAAACCCAGAUUACAGAGGGCAGCAGAACAAAACGGUGCAGAAUGAGAAGGAUAAAGCGAGCGUCAGUGCGUUUGGACCACUGGGAAAUGGUAUUCAGACUGGCCCUGAAUCAAGAGGAUAUCAUCUUCCAUAUACUGGUAGAAGCAAUGGCCGGGACCCCAUCAAUCCCCAGCUACCAGAAGCUCGUAGUAGUCAGACAGUCAUGACCACAAUCAGUAAUGCCAGGGAUCCAAGGAGAGCCUUUAAAAGAUGACCUGAACCAAAGAGACACAUGUAGUUGCUAAACUACCUGCCCUACUUGAACACUUAGUGCACUUUUUCAUUGUUAACUGUGAAAAGUUUGUCUCUUACGGGUUUCCUUGUAUAUUUUUGGUUUGUUAAGAAUGGUUGGUUUUUACUGCAAGCGUUAAGCUUCUCGGUUACAUCCUAUUGAAGAAUAGAAACUCUGAAAGCAGGAACAUUUAUUUUUAGAGCAAGAACUUAACUGGGUAUCACUUGAAAACCUGUCCCUGUUUCAAGGGUGAGUUACUUAAGACACCAGCUUUAUAUAACCUUGGCGAGUCUUGUGCGUACAUUUUGUUAUGUUUACCAUAACAUUUCAUGGAAAAUGUUCUUUUGUCUUAAACUGGGCUAUGUCCAGCUGAAGUGAUCUCCACCCCAGCCAGAAGCCUGACCAGUGCUGGCAGCAGUUUGAGUGCUUGUGACCCAGCCGUGACUGACUGCCUGGAGUGACUGUGCCGUUAAGAUUUGUCCAAGGACGGAAUCAUCCUGCAUUCUUGUUUAAUUACCAGAGACCCAGAUUCUUUAUCAGAAUUAUGGAAUAAAACGUGUAAUAUAUAACAAGUUAUCUUUAGAGGAAAACUGUUUAAGAUAAUGUUCUUACCAUUUGUUACAAACAUUGAAGAAAAGUUUACAGCGGAGUCCUUGAAUGUUUUCUUUCUGAAACGACCAUGUGGAGUAUCGGUGGAACUGGAGGGAGUUAUCACACCGCAGCAGUAGCUGUAGUCCUCCGGAGAUAGGGUCUCCUGUAGCCGUGGCUGGGUGGGAACUCGUCACAUAGACCACGUGGGUCUCUGAACUCCAGAGCUUCCUGUCUCCCUCGCCCAGGGGCUGUGGUGAAGUUGUGCACCAGCACCCCUGGCUGGUCUUAUUAAAAACAAAACACUUGUGGUAGAUAAAUGACAGCCAUGUGACGACCUGUUACAGGUCAUCAGGUAGAAGGAAGGACACUGGGAUGGGCACGGCCUCUCUUCUAGAGGAAUGUGUAUGCGCUUUAGUUUCCUAACCCAAAUCACAGCCUUAUUAGCAAUGGCUUAAGAAGUAUGUACAUCUCUACUGCAGAUGUUACGAUGGGGGCUGUGUGUCCUGGUUCUGUAUUACCUCUUGAGUAAAUGUCUUGUUCUGAGAGGACACAGUUCAGUUCCCUGAAGCUGCAGCAGCCUUGGUCUGGCUGCUCCCCAGCUCUCCCCUCACCUCACACACGGUCCAAUAAGUAAGUUUCUAUCAAGGUUCUGUAGCAUUUUGGUGCAGUCUGUGCCGGGUUUUGUUCUCAUUCAUUCAACAGAUUUUCAGUUUGCAAUGUACUAGUCUCCUCGUGGAGAUUAUCAUAACAGUCGAGGAACUGCAGGGAAUUUACCUAUGGUUUAUAGGUGCAGGGCCUUGAUGUUAUAGAUAGUUGGUCAUUUGUUCCUACAUUAAUAAUUACAGCUAAUUUUAUUUUGUGAUUUUUUUUUUAUGAUUUUUGUCUACACUGCUGAAUGCUUCAAAAAAAGUUACC